UCCGAUGCAACCGUAUCAUUCGUUUAAUUUAUCUCGGUCCGUUCAUACCAAAAAGUCUUACAAAAAGUGUUAAAUAACAAUGGCCAGGAUCGCUGCUUGUUUGUUAAUCGUUGUCAUUGUCAGUGGAGUACUUUCGGCACCAGCACCGCAAGAAGACGUUCAAGUGUUACGAUACGAUAACAACAAUCAAGGAGAUGGAAAUUAUCAAUACACAUAUGAAUUGAGUAAUGGUCAAAUUCACUCCGAAGCUGGUGGACUAUCGAAUGGUGACGGUUCCGAAGAUCCGUACACAGUAGUUUCUGGUGCCUACUCCUAUGUAGGACCCGAUGGCGUCACAUAUUGGGUCACUUACACAGCCGAUGAAGAUGGUUUCCAUCCGAUUGUCGGUCAAGGACCAGGAGGUAUUCAAGGAGGCGGUUCAGCGUCAUUGGAUCCGAGUGUUUUCAAAUCGUUGGUCGGUUAAGAAAUGAAUAGAAUUUUAGGAUAUUGCGUUAAUUCACUAGAUUAAUUGAAUUUGUCUGUUUUUUUUUCUGGUUAUUCAGAGUUUUUGAAUAAUUUUUCCGUUUUUUUCACUUAUCGUUCGUUAUGCGUCUAUAUUAAAUGCAUUGAACGAAUCUCGCUGCAAGAGGGAAACCUAUCAAAUUAAUAAAAUAGAUAAACCAACC